UAUCCGGCUUUCAACCUCCUUCAGCGCCUCUCAAUGGUGGUUUUCAUUUUGGAACAUCAACAUCUGAAGCAACUGAUUCAACAAUGGUUAUUGAUACGAAUAUUAAUGGACUGACAACAAUGAAUGGAGUCCCGGACCCCACAAUGAAUGGAAUCGCUUGUGCUCCUGUGGUUAGUAGUUUUCAAUUCUCUGCUCCUCUUACUGGAGUUUUCCAAUUUGGAACAUCAACAUCUGAAGUCUCGUCGAAUAAUUCAAGUUUUUGUGAUGGGAAUGGAUUGGCAUCAAGGAGUGGUGUUUCAGUUAGGAAGAUGCUGCACGCGAAGAGACCGAAGAAGCGUUAAUAUAUUCGAACAAAAGAAAACG